GCAUUGGUAGGACCCAAAGCCAAACCAGACUGUAGAGGUGUGCUCAAGCUGUAAAACACUUUGUAUAUUUACUAAAAGAAGAUAAAUAAUAGGAUAUAAACGCUUAGAAGAUUCAUGUAAUAAUGCUUAAGACUUUACUAAAAAGAAAGAAAUUCUGAGGACGGUCCAGAGAAUAAAUCAACAUGGCUGCUACUGAGACUGCAGAGUCAGGUUCUCUGGAGAACAAAGUGGAUCGGGCUGAUGGGGAUACGAAUUACCCACGGAAAGUACUUUACUGUGGAGUAUGCUCCUUGCCGACAGAGUACUGUGAGUACAUGCCCGAGCCAGCAAAAUGCAGACAGUGGCUUGAGAAAAAUUUUCCAGACAUGUUUGCUAGAAUGACUAUGGAGAAUGCGCCCAAGCAGGAAUCAGGAGGAGGAGGAGGUGGAGCGGGUGCAGAGGUGCCACCUGCUGGAGAGGAAGAAGAGAAGAAGAAGCAGAAAAGAGGUGGCAGAGGACAAAUCAAACAGAAGAAGAAGACUGUUCCCCAGAAAGUCACGAUAGCAAAAAUCCCACGUGCUAAGAAAAAAUACGUCACACGAGUGUGCGGCUUGGCAACCUUUGACAUAGAUCUUAAAGAGGCUCAGAGAUUCUUUGCUCAGAAAUUCUCCUGUGGUGCCUCAGUGACAGCGGAGGACGAAAUCAUCAUUCAGGGAGACUUUACAGAUGACAUCAUUGAUGUCAUCCAGGAGAAGUGGCCUGAGGUGGAUGACGACAGCAUCGACGACCUCGGAGAAGUCAAGAAAUGAACAUCCGAUGUGCACUUUUACUGAAACAGAUGCGACACGACACAAAAAAAAACGGCCAAACGUACACAUUACAUCGUUGUUUUAUAUCUAUUUUAUUUACUGUAUAGAACAUGGUGGACUUGGCCACACCCUUGGCGCUUUUCUCCCCCAGUUCUUCAUAGCUGCUUGUUCUAUUGGUUGCCAAAGGUCUGGUAUGAUGUGAAUAUCUUAACACUUUGCUCAAUCAAACUGCAAGCUAAUAAAUUCCAGGCUCAUUGGCUUGUUCUUCGUAUAAGAA